AGUGGUUCAUUUCUCAUCGACUUCGGGGUUUUACACUACCGAUAUAGUGGUUGUAAAAUCAAAUAGUUUUGUUUUUGUAUCUUCAAAGAGUUAAAAGAAUGUAUCAUCUGCUACCCCUGCUAUUGGCAGUGGCCGGGUCACUGACAGAUGCAAAACCAUGCACCAAUUUACCUCCUGGCCUGUCCAAAAUGAACCGAGGUGUCGACUGUUCAAAAUUGGACCUGCUCCCCAUCGACGUUGUUGGCAACGACGGAGUGAUGAGCCCUAUCAUACCCUUCACCUGCGAUCUGGGAAAGCAGUACAAGAGUGUUAAGGGCAUCGUGUAUGAGCUACCUGACCAGGUGUGGCAAAUGACAUCUGUACCUGGAGGCUGGCUCUCAUCUGACGCCCACACAUACUCGUCAUACAGCGCCAUCAGAAAUUCUAUGGGCAGCAGCGUCGGUCUAGAAGUGGACACGGGAAAGUACUCAUUCUCUGCCAGCGUCAGCUAUAAAAAGUUGCAGAACUCUAUCACCAACACAUCCAGGUACAUCUCUGAGGUCACGGCUUUCUCUUCGGCAACCCGCGCAGACGUGAACCCGCCAGAAAAAUUAGGGUUGGAUAGCUUUGCUCAAGCGUAUAUAGACACCACCCUGACCGGAACAUAUGAAAGCAACCCUAACGCUUACAAUAAGUUUAUUGAUACUUAUGGCACACAUUAUUUUACCUCGGCUAAUUUCGGCGGAUUUAUCCGAAUGGUUUUUGAGACGGCGAAGGACUACUUUAUGAGCAAAACUGAAAGCGAGAUUGAAGCUAAUGCAAAAGCCGCGUACAUGAAAAUGGUUUCCGUGAGCGUCGCGGCCACGUCUUCUACUGGGAAUGUAGACGAAAAAUUUACAUCAAGUACUAAGACAACGAUCAAGUACUACGGAGGCGACACCAACAUCCUCAGCAGCGAAGGCCUAACUAAAUGGCAACCGACGGUUGAGGGUGACCCGUGGCUUUUUUCAGGUAAACUGAAGCCCAUUAGCGACCUCAUUCAAGACGAGACAAAGAAAUCAUCCAUGAUACGAGCUGUGAAGAACCAUUUGUUAAGAGCCUAUAUUGGAGAAUUACAAUCUCUCAUUUAUGGAGCCAGAGCGAAAGCUGAAAACUCCGUCAUCAACGGGCUUCGCGACCGCGUCGCGGCAUUGCAGAGUAAACAGCAAAUCAUCGACAGCGAGGUUGAUGCUUUAGCCAGAGACUUAGAAGAAUAUAUCAACGUGCCCAAAUGGUUUGCUGCCAACACGAAACUGUGCAUGUACUGGAAGGAAACAAGCGAUCAUUUCCAAUGUUCAGGGGGAGACUGGGGAAACUACCGCUGUGCCAUGGCCAAUUUUAUGACGCCGUGGUACUACGACUACACCGACUGGAGGUGGGGCGGCUGCAAGCUGCAGUGGGCGAUUCUAUCCGCCAACUACCCAGCUUGGUUCAACAAUGUUAAAAUUUGCUUCCAGUGGUACGCUGAGAACGAUAUCUGGCAAUGCGGCGGUGAUGGAGGCCAGACUUUUUGCUCCAACAUCAACAACUACACACCUCCGUAUUUUGACGACACAGGCAGUCGUAAUGGCGGGUGCAGAAUGCGAUGGAUGCUCCAGGUCCCCGACAACGUUCCUUAUUGGAUGAAAGCUGUGCAUAUGUGUUACAAAUGGGAGGCUGACGGUGACGCUGGGCAAUGCGGUGGGGGUGCGCCAAGCGUGCAGUGUGCUGUGGCUAAUGAGUGGACCGUCUACUACCUCGAUUACACGGACAACAGGUGGGGAGGCUGCAAGAUGAGCUGGGGGUUAUCAACGGCUACUGGUGAGUAGCAGGCAUUGAUUCUGACAUGUCAGUGUAUACAACAACACAGUAACAAGCUUGAGUGCAAAUGUUAAUGUCUUACUGUGAGAGGUCAUUCAUUGCAAUA